UACAACAUCUGACCACAGCGGCGGACGCCAAUCUUUAAAUAACAAUGCAACAGUCUCAAAACAAUAUUUUGUGUGUGGGCACCAAAGCGUCUGGACGUGAAACCGUAACAGUUGCUCAGUUAGCGGGAUUUAAUCGAGUGCCCCGUUAAGAGGCUUCAACCGAAACAAAAAACCAAAAAAAAAAAACGCGGCAAAAGUUCAACAAUUAAAAUGAGAUAUUUUGGCGGCAUUGAAGGCGGUGCAACGCACUCCCAUUUGGUGAUCUGCGAUGAGAGCGGCGAAUCUGUGGGCACGGCCAGCGGCCUGGGCACAAAUCAUUGGGGCAUUGGCAUACCGACAUGUGCGAGGCGCAUUGCCGACAUGGUGGAGCGUUGCAAGGAUGAGGCCAAGAUACCAAAGGACACACCACUGACGAGCUUGGGUCUGAGCUUGAGCGGCUGUGAGCAGGAGGCUACCAAUCGUGAGCUGGAGCAGGAGCUGCGCAGCAUAUAUCCCAAUCUGGCCGAGAGCUAUGCAGUGUCGAGCGAUACCAUGGGCAGCAUGUUUACCGCCACCUCCAUUGGCGGCAUUGUGCUCAUCUCGGGCACGGGCUCCAAUUGCCUGCUGCGCAAUCCGGACGGCAGCACGGCCAACUGCGGCGGUUGGGGUCAUUUUCUCGGGGACGAGGGCAGCGCUUGGUACAUAUCAUAUCGCGCCAUCAAGCUGGUCUUUGACGACAUGGACAACCUGGAGAAGUCGCCGCUGCCCAUCGAGCAGACCUGGUCGCUCAUCCGCGAGCAUUUCAGCAUAGAGACACGCUACGAUAUGCUGCCGCAUUGCUAUGCCAAAUUCGACAAACCCUUCUUUGCCAAUCUGUGCAAGAAGCUGGCCCAGAAUGCGGAAGCCGGCGACAAGCUGGCCUUGUCGCUCUUCCAUGAGGCUGGUGUCCUGUUGGCACGCAUGAUUAAGUCGCUGCUGCCCAAGGUGCACAGGGAUCUGGUCAAGUCCGGCGAUCUGAGUGUCGUCUGCGUGGGCUCUGUGUGGAGUAGCUGGAACCUGCUGCAGGAGGCUUUCAUCUCGGAGAUCUCCAAAAUGAGCAUCGAUUACAAUCUCAAGCUGGUGCGCAUCACCAAGAGCAGUGCCUACGGCGCCUGCUACCUGGGCGCCGACAGUGCCAAAUUCGAUUUGCCCCGCAACUAUGCCGAUAACUUUACGGUGCUGCACAUCCAUCCGGGCAGCGGUCCGGCAAAAAAUGGGCUCCCAAUUAAGGACUGUUAGCGUAAAAUAAUUGUAUUACUCAGGCAUUCCAAAAUGGUUCAGUGAAUAAAACAAACCUAUAUACAAAUCAAAAA